AAUUCUGAGUAAAAAAAAAAAUUAUUUUUUCUGAAACACAAUGUUUAGAUGAUAUUUGUAAGAAUAUAACUCAAUAUAUAUAUAUAUAAGGUAGUUUCUUUAAAAGGAAGUUUUGAAUGGCAGGCUUUUAAACAACAUCCGGGUGCCAUUGCUUAUGGCUCCUUUAAAGUUUUUUUUUUAAGUUUUUCACACUAAACUAUUAAUGUAAACAAUAUUUUCUGGUGAGUGUAAACCUCUCCAUCUCACUAUGAGUUUUAGCUACAAUUUUAACAUAUAUUAAGAAGAUCGUUCUAUGGAUAACCAGCGAUAUGGAUUGAAGAUAAUGAAAAAAAUUGAAAUAAAAUGAUACAUAAAUCAUCCGUAAAUAAUUUUAAUGAGUAUGUGUGCUUUUUAAAAAAAAUUCCAGCCAGACAGAUCGUAUGAAAUAGUUAUAUUGUUCGAUGAAAUACUUAACUAAUUAAUUUUUGUUGCCACAAGGAAAUUGUGAAAUAAAAUCAAUCUGCUCUUAAAUCACCUGUAAUUAGCAAUAUGAAAACAAAUAAAAUUGUUGAUCUUGCAGUGUUUUUCAACAUUUUGUGAUAGAGAACUAUAAUUUUUACAAUUUUAAUUGUUUAUACGUAGCUCACAAUAUGCUUCCUCAGGUUAUGAAAUUUUGCAGCCUUAAAGAUCAGAACUUUUAAAGUUAUAGUGCUAUAGACGAAGAUAAUUUUAACUAAAAGUGAAGAUUUGUUACUGUGAUGAGUAAUUUUGGAUAUAAUGCAACUACGCUUUGAAGAUCGAAAAUCCAAAAAUCAUGGAUAUAUUAGUAAUCUUAUUUCAGAAAAAGAGCAUGAUUUAUUCCUGUAUUACGUGAUUAGUAUGAAAUAAUUGCCAUUUAAGCAUGCUUCAUAUUUAUGCACCAAAGAUAAUGUGGUUGAAGUUAGAAAAUGAGUGACUGCUCUAAUCUUUCGGAAACACCAGUCAGUGGGGAACAGGAGCCCACUAUGGUCACUGUACCUGUAGUGGGCUCCAGUGCUUCAAAUAACAUGGCUACCUCUUGGAACAAUGGUGAUACUCUAGAUAUGCAUGAGUCAAAUGAUAUUUGUGGCCUCUCAUUAUGCAAUGAUGUUGUUACUACUUCUUCUAGCUCAUCACAUAUAUCAAGUGCUAUGUGUACUUCUGAUAUUAUGUCUCAUGAUAAUUCUGAUUCAACACCAUUCCUGCAUUCUGCACUGGCACAUGAUGCUGAUUCAACUUCUGAAUCCUUGGGUGUUUGUGACGAUGAAAGAAUGAUUGUCGGUAGGUCUUUGCAAACUUCUCUGACUGUUCAUGCAAUUGUUACACAGGAUGGUUUGACUGGUUCUCAGGGAUCUGAAAGCAGUGAUGACCAGCUUAGUGUUGUCGAUAACUUAACAGCACAGAAUUUUUUGCAAGAAACAGAUUUAAUGAAUGCUGCUUCAUCAGCACUUGGGCAUGAUAAAUCACCAUCUCCUGAUCAUGACCUUGACAAAUCAGACAUUCAUCAUAAUUUGUUAUCUCUUGAUCAUCAGUCAGUUACUAGUCCACAUGAUCAUAUGGAAAUGGAAAACCUUUUGCAUGAACAAGAUUUGGAUGGUCCAGUUUCAUCUAUGUCAGAGUAUCAUUUAGAUCAUUCUCAGGCUUCUGAACUUUCUGUUGGAAGUACUUCCCAGCUUGGAAGCUUAAGUAACUUGCAAGAGGUUGUAAGUGCAGAUGGUGUGUGUUUGUCACCAUCAUCAAAUAGUAGCAAUUCUUCGUUAGAUUUGCCUUCGGGUGUGAGUAUAUCAUCAGGAAUAGGUUUACCCCCUGUUUCAACUAUCAUUAGAUCAUCAGCUAAAGGAAGGUUUGAUGUAUUUUGUAGGCCUUCUAACAUUAAUAUGAUUAUGGGCAUUCCUCAAUAUUUAAGCAACAGUAAUUCUUUCGAUGUUAUGACAUCCAUUAAUAAUAUACAGCGAUUGUCUUCAAGUCCUUGUGACAGUUUGAACAAUGUUUCUUUAGCUAGUCCAAUGGAAGAGUCAUCAUCGAGAUGUACAGAUGUUGUGAUGGAAAAUGUAGAUGUUCCUUUAUCAUCAUCAUUAUUGGUAUGUUCAUCAACUCCUAUUAGCCAUGUUGCAUCAAUUGUUGAAAGUAGAUGCAUUAAAGCUAAUUCUGUGAUGUCUUCUCUGGGACCAGAUAUUAUGGAUAAAGAUUCUUUAUCUGACAUAACAGACACUCAUUUAGAAUCUGAUAGUAGUCUUAAUUUACAACUUACAUCUAGAACUAUUCCAAAUUUUAUUGGGGUAGUGCCACUUCGGGAAAUUAUGCACAUAUCCCCAUCACCCCCUCAGGUUUCUCAUCAUUUGUCGCCUCUUGCAAUUGAGGAAAUGCAAAAAGUAGCUGAAAUAAGUGAACACUUACGCUCUGGAUCAAAUGUUGAAUCCCCAUUUUCUUUGCAUUCAAGUGAAGAAUCCAUUGCAAGAGCUAUGCUUUCUCCUCAUUUUAGUGUUGGAGAAAGUUUACAUUCAGAUAAUUAUGUUGACUGUAUAAGCCAAAGGUCACAACCAACUUCUGUUUCAGCUAUUGGAACAAAUGUUAUUGUUUCAACUUCAAACAUAGACACCUCUCCGAAAUUUACAGUUGCAGAUAUAAAAGCUAUUGAGCAUAGAUUCAGAACUGAACAGUCUAGAAAUCAAAACAUGGAAAAUGUCAAUCAUAAUUUAAAUAAUUCUGCACUAAAUAAUGAAGUUAUAAUUCCAGAUUGCAUUGAAACAUCACAAAGUUCUGAUAUUAUGUAUUCUGAUGUUCAAGAUGCACUAAGGCAAGAUGCAGCUACAAGAAAAAUAUUGAAAGCUCAUAAUAUUGUGCGAUCUACUAUAAUUGAGAAAAAUUUGUUACAGCAGUCUCAAGUCAUUAAAAAUGAGUCUGUGAUAACUAGUGCUGAUAAUAUUGCUUCUAACAAACUUGUUAAUAUUAAAACUUCUCAGAACAAUAGUGAGUUAGUUACUAUAAAAACAAAUGACAAGGUAGCAAUAUCUAGCAGUCAAGCUGAUACUUUGCAACACGUCAAUCCAUCUGCUGUAACUGCAAGUGUGAUUCAACAACUUUUACGGGCCCAGUCACCUCCAGAGAAGAUAACGUCUACUUUACAAAGGGUGCCACGUGGUGUAAUUACUUCUGUAAUGUCUAGUAAAGGUGAUCAUCAAGAUGUUUUGAUUACUUCCUCUUCACCUGUCCAUGAGAAUUCUUUAGAAAAGGAGGAAAAUGAAUCUAAUAUUUCAGUUUCAUCAGCAAGCGUCCUUAAAGAUUCAAGUCUGAUAAAUAGUACAAACAGUUCUAGAAAUAAAUCAGUUGUUUCUUUGGACAUUAAUGAACAUUCGGUUAUUAGUCAUGGAAGUAAAUCACCUUCCUCCUCUGAAGAGAAAGAAAUCUCAAUUUCUAGUUUAACAUCUGCAGUUCUCCCCUCCCUUUUCCCUAAUCUUUCUGCUAGUGCAUUAGCUUCAUUACAAUCUAGUUUAAACUCGGCUCUUCCUUUAACUAUACAAUCUUCCCUGCCAAACUUAAGUAUUGGAGAAAAUUCAUCUGGUGCAUCUCAUUUGCCUCCUGUUUCACCUACCUUAUCUUCACCACCUCUUUCUCCUAUUUUAUUACCUAGCAUUUUAUCAACAACUUUAAGAAAUACUUCUACUAAAGUUCCAAUCCUGGAUUCAAUUGUAACUUCAAAUUGUGUUACCUCUACUAAUAAUAUAUAUAGUGGUCUAUUAAAAACUGUUGGUUUAUCUAAUAUUGUAAAGCAAGAGCCAGGUAUUAUUACAGGAUCUGGACCUCUCCCUCCUUUUACGGUAGUUUCUGGUUUAUCUCCUCUGGUGAAGAGAGAUUUUAGUGCUUCUUUGGCUUCAAAUUUACUUGGUGCUAAUCAUACGAGUGCACAGAUACCUGUGGUGACCAUAAAACAAGAGCCCGGAGCAUCCCGAGCUUCUGCUAGUGCCUCAGAAUUCAACCCUUCCAUAAUUUUAAAUGCCAAUGCAGCAUUACCUAAUAUUGCCUCCAUUCAUCUUCCUUCUGCAGCUGCAGUCCAACUGCCAGUGGUUGUAUCAACUUCUAUUGCUGUAGCAACCACUGCUUUAACAAACCCAGUGCCUUCGCAAGCCUCGACCAUUGCAUUUGCAGGAAGUAUCUCAACAUCUGUUGCAAAUUCAACUGCACCUACUAACUGUGAGGAACCAAAAUCUUCAGACAAAAAAUGGAAUUGUUUGAUGUGUAAGAAUGGAAGUCCAUGUGGCCUCCAUCCAACCCAAUCUCAGGGUUCAACUUCGGGCUCUGGAAGGUUGACCACACAACCCCAACCUGUACUGUCUGGAGAUCCUGCAAAACCUUUUCAAUGCACUUUGUGUGGCAAACAUCUUGCAUCUAAAAAUGUGUAUCAGUUGCAUUUACGCAGCCAUUCUGGAGAGAAGCCCUUCACCUGUAAUCUAUGUGGUCAUCAUUUUUCCCAAAAGACUUCAUUGACUAGACAUAUGAGAUCCCACACAGGUGAACGUCCAUUUCCUUGUGAUGUGUGUGGUAAACGUUUUGCUGAUAAAGAGAGGAUUAAGAUACACAUGAGAACUCACACUGGAGAGAAGCCAUUUGCUUGUGAAGUGUGUGGCAAAAGAUUCUCUCAAAAAUCUACUGUAAAAAGACACAUGAGUGUUCAUACAGGUGAAAAACCAUUUAAAUGUGAAUCAUGUGGUAAGGGUUUUGCUAAUCGUGGGAACUUAAAUGCACAUAGUAAAACUCAUGCAAACACAUGACAUUAUAUAACUAAAAUAAUUAAAAAAAAUGUUAUGUAUAAUUAUACAUUCUGUAUAUUUGAAGGGUUGUCUGGUUACAUUCUCUUAAAAGUUUAUUGUUUGAGAAAUGUUUCCAGCACACCACAUGUAGUAUAUUAUUGUAAAUUUUUAUGACAUUUUAGCUAAUAACCUCAAUUAGGAGUUAUAGGAAAAUGUUAACAACUUGAUACUGAAUUGUUAGCAAGCGUACAUAUUUAUGCAUAUGAAGAUAUACAGUAUCAUCGUCCUACAAUGAGUGAUCUUUUUUGUUAAAACACUGUUGUAAGUAGAGACCAUCUUUCAAUUCCAAAUGGUUUUUGCAGUUUACUAAAAGUACAAACGAAUAACUUCUGUUAUUGCAAUAUCAAAGCAGUAGUUUCUUAACAUUUUAGAUCUUUCGAGCAAGAGAGAGAUUUAUGUAGAUUGUUUUUAUCACAUGCACAUAUCUAGUACAUAGCUGGAGUUAAAGUUUAUAUAUAAUAUAAUGUUAUGAUUAGCAUAAUGUUUGCUAUUGUUUCAGAUUAAACAGUUGUUUCAGGUCUUGAAACAUAGUCAUGUUGCCAUUUGUUAAUCAGGUUAAAAUUUGAAGCUGAGUGAUUAGUUUUCCUAUAGUGCAGUGAGAAAUAGUGGUAUGCUGUAGCCAUUCAUGUUUGUCUGAGUGUGUGAAUGUGGUGAUGCUUGCGAUUGAAGAUUUUAAUUCAAUAUUUAUUAUUCAAAAUAAUAAACUAUUUUUAUUUAAUAAAAUUUUUUUUAGUCUGUAUAUAUAUAUAUAUUAUUUAAAUCAUUAGUUAUUAAAUUUUAUGAUUUUAAUUUUAAAAAUAAUCUGGCCAAAACUAUUUAUGAAUGUUUCAUUACAAAGGCUGCUGUUUCUAAAGUGAAAGAAAACUCUAAUUUCAUAUUUUCUUUUUUUUAAAAAAAAUGUAAAAUUUAAUUUUAUAUGUUAUGCAACUUUUAAAAUUUUUCAUCUUUUCGCAAUGGCUCCACAUCUUGAGGAAAGUCUCGGUCUUCUCCAGCUAUUCCUGCUUUCGGCAACUGUUUUCCAAUAUUUUAAUUUCAAGAAGUCAAGAUUCCUUUUGACACAAUAAAUCCACUUAUGCAGAAGUUUGCAUCUACGUAUCUUCCCCAUGAGUUUAGUCCGAAUGACAGUCCAUUUGAGUUUCUGUAUCUUUGUGAAUCUUAGGUUCUUUAAAUAUUUUGUACUAUUCUGUAUUUGUCCUCCAAAAUCCAUUCACUUCAAUUCCAGAAUACUUCAUUAGAUUUUCCUUUUCAAAUUGGCAAUGCCCUCUUCAUUACAUGCAGUUUAUGUCUAUAUUUCCGGUGCAUAUGUUAGUACAUGUCUUAUAAGAUUUUUAUGGUAGUAAUUUAAUUCGAGAAAAUUGAACCUGAGACAUUUAACUUCUAAAUCAUUUUUCAAAAAUAAUUUAAAACUAAAAAAGUGUUAAUAACUUUAGAUUACAAUGGGCUCUGUAAUAAAAUUAUGCAGUACGGAAGCUGACUUAGCAAAUUUUUGUGAGUAUCUGCAUAAUUUUUUUUCCGUCUCAGAUUUCUUUUUAAAAAUUGUGGAGGAAAAAGAGACUGCUACAAUUAUCAGCUUAAUAAAAUAUUUUGUAUAUUUGAGUACAAGAACCAGUUAAUUUUGAUUUCUAGUUGCUGAUUUCUUAAGUAUUGUUAAAACCAGAAAUUCAUUUGAAACUGUAUCUCUAUAAAACAUAAUGGUAUAACAGAGUUUUCCAUUGUUGUCGAGGAUUUUUAUUGUCGGGAAAAUCAUAUGGUAAGAUUCAGUUUUCCCACUUUAAUUUCCAUGCUUUUUUUAGUUGUUAUCAGGAUAAAAUUAAUAAAAUGCAUAAAGAUAUUGUUUUCCUAUAAAAUAUUUUUGUAUCCCUAAUUUAAAGGUAUUUGCCUGCAAUAUUUAUUUUUCUUAUUCUACUUUGCUAUUGUUAGGUUUCAUUAUUGUUACUUCUAUAAUAAGUAUUACCUUAUUAUGCUACAUUUUCACCCAAUCUUAUUUAAAUUUGUGUCUUCAUUUUAUAAUUGUUAUUUUUUGGUGCAAAUUACAUUAAUAUACCUUUAAAAAUUACAGCUAAAGAGAUUUCAGGGCUUGAAAAAACUCGGAAAUUUUACCCGUCCCCGAGGACGGCUUGUCCAACAAUGUACCCGUCCUGCUUUGAAACUAACCCGUAGCUUCUAAAUAAAUAAAAAUAUAAUUUUCUCUUAUUUAUUACGAACAUUUAUAUAAA